AUGUGGGUCUCUUGCUGCGUUCUAAACCCUUACACACUUUUAGAUUCCGUUGAUGGUAUGGAGCCCCAUCAUAGCGAAGGGAAUCUUCUCUUCAAAGGAAACAACAUCCAUUGUAGAAAAAAUCCACUUUUCGAAGGGUUGGGCGAUUCGUUGGUGUAUCGCGGGUAUUUCAAAAAGGCGAAUGAUCCUAAAGAAGAAAUUGUAGUGAGGAAGAUUAAGGUAAUAGAUUGUUGCGAUAAAUGGAAAGAUAUUUUCGACAAACAUACUCGAGAGAAGGAUCCCAUCAAACACGAAAAUGUUCUCAGAACUAUUGGCUACGAAGGAACGGAUGAAUGGAGAUUUUUUGCUCUGGAACCUUACGACGCUACAUUGGAGCAGUUUUGCAAAGGAAUUUAUAAAGGACCGAUGCCAUCUGAUGCCCAAGUUCUUUGCCAAAUCACCAAAGGGCUUUUGUAUCUUCACGGAGAGCAAUGCUCACAUGGAAAUUUGACGCCCCGAACAAUUCUAAUCGCUUCAUCACAACCCGUGCGGAUGAUGAUCAAAUUAUCAGAGUUUGGGUUGAGCAAAUUCUGCGACCAAUGCGACGGGGAACUCGGGCAAGAACAAGAAGAUCUUUGCCAAAGGAAAUAUUGGAUAUUAGAUGGAACAACCGAAAAUAACCAGACCCCUACAAUAGAUUAUAAUCAAGAUAUCUUUUCAGCAGGCUGCCUCUCUUUUUAUUUCCUCAAACGGGGUUUGCAUCCCUUCGGUGACGAAUCGUCGUCAAUCUUGGAAAACAUUCAAAAGCGAAAUCCUGUCAACUUGAAAGCUAUUACACAACAAGAAAAAGGCGUAUGGGAAUUUGCCUACGAGCCCAUAGAAAACAUGAUUGGAGAUCCACCAACCGACGGCAAAAGUUGGUUACUGAUUGCCAAAACUUGUUUUAUGAAGGCCCUUCCUCUAAGAUUUGAAGAAAAAAAGGAGAACGAACUCGGCAGGGGGGGAUUUGGAGUCGUGUACGGAGGAACGUUCGAUGGAAAUGCAGUUGCUGUUAAAGUGCAUUUGGAUGAUGCAAUAAAACAAGAACAGAAACGGGAAAUGGAGGAACACUUCCGGUUGGACCACGAAAACGUCCUGAAACUUUUGCACGUCGAUGAAUCACGGGAUAAAACGUACCUUGUGCUCGAAUUAUGUGCGGGAACACUCACCCAAUGUAUUGCUAAAGAAUACAAAGGACCGGAAUUACCGCCAGAUGGCCUAGUUUUAUAUCAAAUCGCCAAUGGAUUGCACUACAUCCACUCCCGAAAUUUAGUUCAUCGUGACGUUAAACCGGACAACAUUCUCAUCUCAAUGACGACACCCGUCAAAAUGAAAUUGUCCGAUUUUGGAUUUGUCAAGAAAAUAAGUCCUCGGGGGACAUUUACUCAGAGUGGAUUGAAAGGAACUGAAAAGUGGAUGGCACCCGAAAUUUUGAAGCUUCUGAUUAAAAUGGAAGAGUCAAGUCUUGACAGCACGUCUGAGGAACUUCCGCACGGAACAAUCCAAAGCGACACAUUCGCUGCCGGUUGCGUCUUUUUCUACUUCCUGACACGCGGCACACAUCCGUUUGGCAAAUCUUAUCAAAUUAUGACAAACAUCUUAAAUGACAAUCCAAUAGAGCUGAAUCAACACAAUGAAAAUUUGCACGGCGAUGAUCGUGCCCUAUACGAAUUGAUUGGAAAAAUGAUAUUAAAGCCAUUGAAAGUAGAGGAAGGGAGAGAGAUAAGAAUCGCAUUGCCCGAGGUCAUCAAACAAUUGACGACAAAUUUAAUUGCAUCACGUCAGUUCAAAAGAGUUGAUCGAUUAGUGCGUGAGAGUGGCGAAGAUAUCGUCUCCCGUUUCCACCCGAAGAAACCAUUAAUCGCCUGCGGCAUUAAAAAUGAAAUUAUUUUCUUUUCUGCAGAGAAUUCGUCCAUUCCUUUUUCUAAUUGGAAAGAGGACGAAAAAAAGUUUCAAAUUGGACAUGAAAAAGGAAUUACGGUGAUAGAAUGGAAUGUGGACGGGACUCAAUUGGCUGCCGCAUUUCAUAAAGAUGUCAUCGUGUGCUGGAGUUAUCCAAGUGGCAAAAUUCUCUUUCAAAAGAAAUUAGACGAAUGGAUGGAUCAAAUCGAGUGGAAUCCCUUCAGGCCAAACGUGUUCGCUACUUUUAAGUAUGGAGUAGGUGCUGCUGCUUUUAGGGAAGUUGCAAAAAAAGUUUUCUUCUUCAAUUCCCGCCCUGUCGACCAACGGCCAUUUCAUUUCUGCACAAUCGAACUCGAUAAUUGGAUCUGGAGUGUCCGGUGCAUCUCUGCGAAUCGAGUCGCUCUCGGCUUAAUCGGAGACGGGAGAAUUGAAAUUUGGGAAAUUGACGAGUCGACGACUUCCGCCAAAAUUGUCAAACGACUCGAACAUGAAGACGGGAAGGGUGGGAUAAAAGAUAUGGCAUGGAACGAACGGACGGAAUGUUUAGCCGCUUGUUCAUCCGACGGAUGGAUGACGAUUUGGUCGAUGGACAGAGACCAACCCAUUCACGCCACAAAGGUUGAUAGCACAUGUUGGAGAUUGGCUUGGCGUCCAAACGGGAAACAAUCGGACGACGUGGGAGUGGACGCGGCCAGGAAAUCGGCCGACAAUUUCAUUUUGGCUAUUGGUGGAUUGUUCGAGGGGCGGAUUGUCAUUUGGACUCCGCUGGCAAAGGAAAAGACGAGAUUUCUCAAGCAACAUUCAAGUUAUGUAGAUUGGCUGUCGUUUUCACCCGACGGGCGGUUUCUCGCAUCAGCGGAGACAAUUGGAUUCUCUUAUCCGAUCAUCUGGGCAACUGAGAAUUGGAAACCCGUUUACAUCGGAUUAGAAGUAUAUGAAUUUGAAAAACAUUUCUCUUGGUUGUAUUCGUCUACGGAUGUCCCUGACUACAAAUUAACAUUCCCCUCAAAGGACGAUGGCCAGGUUGUUGUCGUGGAACACGUCGACGAACAGUAAGAAAUUCCAAGCCAAGAUUGAAGAUCACGAGAGGGAGAUGAGAAUUACGAAAUGAAAAGAAACUGGUGACGAAUAUUCAAUCAGAUCACCCAACCCAAAAGACUCCAAAUGUACGGGAAUGGAUUCUUUUUAUAACUAACGCAAACCUAAUUCGUGCUAUAAAAAAUCACCGACUGUUCACGACUGUUGCCCUCGAGUAGCCCUCACUUUAAGUUUGCAGCUUCUUAUAAUAUGCCUGAUAGUCCACGAAACGUUUGGGUCGUUUGGAGAUUGGUUAAAAUGUUUCAUUGGAAGCUUCGAGUUUUAUCAAGAAAUAAAAGCGACAACGACCGGAGCACAUCCGAAUUACAUUUUGAAUUACCACACGAAUAACUAUGAAAUUUAUGUUCGGGACCUUUUUGGGGGUGGAAAACAAAUCAAACCAUUUCUUUACUAAACGCAUGCAUUAAAGGACAAACGAAGCAGUUAGAUGCAAAGUCGCUAAUACUCAAACUCUCCGAAUAAUUAAAAAAUAACGACGAUUCUUUUCGGGUUGCAGCAGGAGAGAAAUAAUUUACAGGGAAUUUGAUUGCAAAGAAACUUGAUAAUGUCAGUCCGAUCCAAACAAUAUGGAAGGAACUGACUGAUGUGAUAUAAAAAAAACAUGAGCUAAAUGAUGAUUUUACGUGGACGACGAUUUUGGAUAAGAAAGAAACCUCCAAAAAUAUCAGAAAAUUUUAGAUUUUAGACCAUGUCAAAAUAGUGAUGAGACAUCUAUAUCUGAUUUGUUAUCAGUCAUAUAAUAAUCAACAUGAUAGCGCAGCCUUGCUUUUCUACAUCGCUACAGAAUGUUGUUGACGAUUUCUAACGUAUUCAUUCUUUGUGGUGAAGAGUUACUAAUACAUGGCGGCCUAUAACAAAAUUGGUGACACCGGAAUCCAAUACGCUAAAGAAGAAGUGCUCGGCAGAGGCACAUUUGGUAUUGUCUAUCUUGGUAUUUUCAACGAAGAAAAAAUUGCAGUCAAGAAAAUCUUAUUAAACCUAUCGGAAAAAGAAGGGCGCGAAGUCGACUUACAAAAAAACCUUAGUCACGAAAAUGUUCUAAAAAUUUGCAGAGUUGUAGAAGACGAUGACUUCAGAUACAUCGUACUGGAACUGUGUGCAGGAACACUAAGUGAGGUGAUUGAAAAUUCGUACAAAGGACCCGCCCUGCCAUCUGAUCAAAUGGUUUUAUACCAAAUCGCCGAUGGCCUUGACUACAUCCACUCGAAUAAACUGAUCCACCGGGACAUUAAACCUGAAAACAUUUUGAUUUCCAUGGCAGGCAAAAUGAAAUUGUCAGAUUUCGGUUUGAGCAAACAGAUCAGCACUCGAGGGACGUGUUCCAUGAGUGGAAUAAAAGGAACCCUUUUAUGGAUGGCACCGGAAUUUUUUGAAAAUAACGAGAAAGCAACUCCGAAAUGUGAUAUUUUCCCGUGCGGUUGCGUCUUUUUUGUUUUCCUCACUCGCGAAAAUGGUUGGAUCCAUCCCUUUGGCGAUACUAACGAUCCUUUGCAGAUACAGUUCAACAUUCGAGAGGGUAAACCAGUUAACAUCGAGAAGUUAAAUUCUAAUCAGUAUGCGCUUUUCUUUGUUCGCAAAAUGAUUGAACGAGAUCCGUCAAAAAGAAUAUCUCUUCAGAUGGUUAAAAACG